UCUGUCCUCUGGUUGUUUCAGGCGGUAAGAAGGAUUUUUUACUGACGCUUUACUCGGCUGCUGGUGUUUCUCGGCCCUGGACGGACAGAAAACUUGACUGCGGCAAAACAGCAAGAGGGGGCGGCAGGAGCCUGAAGGAUUCAGAAGCAGAGGAAAAGCAAAACCUAGUUAUCAUCCCGAAGAACAAUGGAGCUGACUCACCCGGCCAUCAAAGCCUUCAUGUGUGGCUCCUUCAGCGGGACCUGCUCCACGCUGCUGUUCCAGCCCCUCGACCUGAUCAAGACCCGCCUGCAGACGCUGCAGAGCGGCAUGCAGCCUGGUUCGGGCAGAGUGGGGAUGGUGUCGGUGCUGCUCAGCGUAGUGCGGACAGAGAAGCUGCUGGGAUUGUGGAAAGGGGUUUCACCGUCCUUCGCUCGGACCAUCCCAGGAGUCGGGAUCUACUUCAGCACAUACUACUCCAUAAAGCAGCACUUCUUCCCGGACGGCAGCCCGGGCGCCGUGGAGGCCGUGAUGCUGGGAGGAGGAGCCCGGAUGGUGGCGGGAGUUGUGAUGCUGCCGGUCACCGUCAUCAAGACACGUUUUGAAUGUGGCCGCUACAGCUACGCCAGUGUAGUCGGGGCUCUGCGCAGCGUCUGUCAGACUGAAGGUCCAGCUGCUCUGUUCUCCGGCCUGAUGGCGACGCUCCUCAGAGACGUUCCCUUCUCCGGGAUCUAUGUCAUGUUCUACAGCCAGGCCAAGGCCUCGCUGCCCAAAGAGAUCAGCUCCUCUCCUUCGGCCCCCCUGGCUAACUUCUCCUGUGGGAUCCUGGCCGGUAUUCUGGCCUCGCUCAUCACUCAGCCGGCCGACGUGGUCAAAACACACGUCCAAGUGAAGCCACAGCUGAGGACAGCAGAGGCUGUCAGAUACAUCUACAUGGAACAAGGACUCCAAGGCUUCUUCAGAGGGGCAGUUCCUCGGUCUCUGAGGAGGACCCUGAUGGCGUCCAUGGCGUGGACGGUGUACGAGCAGAUGAUGGCACACAUGGGACUGAAAUCCUGAACGAACAUUUGUGGUUAAAAUCUCUUAAAGGCCUUCUGUCACCCGGAUGGAGUUUCGUUUUCCCGGCUGUCGUUACAGCAAAACGCCAAAUCCUCACUGCCUGAUGGGAUUGUAGCUCACAGUGGUGCCUGCCCUCACAGAUCAGAAUAUAUUUAUUUAGAUU